AUGAAAAUGAAUCGAUAUAUAACAUUAAAUCAAUUGGGGGACGGAACUUUCGGUUCCGUGGUUCUCGGGGAACGUAUUGAUACUGGAGAGAAGGUUGCUAUAAAAAGAAUGAAGAGGAAAUAUUACUCCUGGGAAGAAGCGAUGAAUCUGCGUGAAGUUAAAUCUUUAAAAAAACUUAGUCAUGCCAAUGUAGUGAAAUUGAAGGAAGUGAUCCGUGAGAACGACGUGUUGUACUUUGUCUUCGAGUAUAUGAAGGAGAAUCUUUAUCAAUUAAUGAAGGAUAGGGACAAACUUUUCCCUGAACCGGUAAUCAGAAAUAUAGUAUAUCAAGUGUUGCAAGGACUGGCGUUCAUGCAUAAACAUGGCUUCUUCCACCGUGACAUGAAACCUGAAAAUUUAUUGUGUAUGGGACCGGAACUGGUGAAGAUCGCUGAUUUCGGUUUGGCCAGGGAAAUACGGUCAAGGCCACCUUAUACAGAUUACGUGUCUACCAGAUGGUACAGAGCACCGGAAGUAUUGCUUCAUUCGACGACUUACAACAGCCCGAUCGACAUUUGGGCAGUGGGUUGUAUUAUGGCUGAAUUGUACACGUUUCGGCCACUUUUUCCCGGGAAAAGUGAGAUCGAUGAGAUCUUUAAAAUAUGUUCGGUGAUCGGUACACCAGAAAAAGACGACUGGCUAGAUGGAUAUCAAUUAGCGGCUGCCAUGAAUUUCAAAUUUCCGAAUUUCUCUCGCACAUCGUUAACCGUUUUGAUACCGAAUGCCAGCCAGGAGGCAGUAAUAAUUAUGGAAGAUAUGUUACAAUGGAAUCCCAUUAAAAGACCAACAGCACAGCAAUCCUUAAGGUAUCCGUAUUUUCAAGUGAACGUUCCACGUGUAAUUAAUAGUACAAAGAUUGGUGUUACGUCUCAACGAGAUCUCCUCCUGAAUAAAGUGAAUCUUUCGAUCCCUGUUUCAAAAUCAUAUAAUUAUCCGCAACACGACGUUAUCGGGACACCGAUGGAAUCUAGCAUUCAUAGAUAGGAAAUGAACUCGGUGUGUCUAUUUACAGAGGGCUUGAACCAUAAUAGUUACAUGCGCGAAAGCAACCCCCAAAAGUUGGACGAGGACGAUUUUGCGGAACUCUUGGGUAGCAAGAUUGUUCCCGAGAACGCGAACUCAAAGCUAGUCCCAGAACGAGUAUACAAAGAGAACCGUGCCAAUUGGAAUGCCAAUUAUUUGCCAGAUAAUCUGAGACAAAGCAAUGGAAAUUGGGUGCUGCCGGCCUGGAAUGAGCCAAACACCAUUAAUUGGAACCAGUUACAGACGAAUAUAAAAAACGGUCGGAAAGCCUCGGGAAAACAACAUUACUUCAGCGUGGCACGAUACAUCACAGGACAAAACGCGAGUUUAUCGUCCAGAAAUGGCGACCCCGACCAGAACAGACCUAGAUUAAUGCGGAAUCUGGUUGGCCAAUCAGUGGAAAAGUACGAGGAAUUUACUGACUCCUUUUGGGUACCUAGAAAUUCCAUUGAGAAUCCGUCAAGACAGUACUACGUUCCACGAAAUCGUUUUAUUACCGAUCAGACUUUAAGGUUGCCUUAUCCUAGCGUCUAUGGUACGCAAAAUAUCAAAAAUACCAACAAAGGUACAAUUCAACCAAAUACGUAUGGAACAGUGCUGAAUACGAAAGGCAGCGGAAGUCUUCACGGCCGAACUGAUUGGGCUGCAAAGUAUCUUAAAUGA